CUGGCUACCUUUUUAUUUAGAUAUGGCGGCGCUCAGUUAACGUAAAUGAAUCUUAGGAUUACACAUGAAAAUGGGGAUACAUAUAUGUCAGGGAGGGGAUUAAGCAAUGUCUGAAACUGAUAUUUUUCUUUUACUGAAGUGCCAAUCACAUGCUGCCUUGACUUUUAUGUGCAAUAGUCAUGACAAAGAGAUUCAAUUCACGUCGUGUUGGAAACACUACAAUCAAAACUUUAGAAAAACAACCAAUCAAAUUUGCAGCUGCCAUAUGUCCUCUUAAUUUAGAAGAGCAGAAAGAGAGAUUCUUGAAGUUUGGAAAACUACCAAAAUUUGUUUUGAAAGGUUCAGAGGAUGAGAUUGAAAAUUUAUUCAACAAGGCUCGUAACCAGAUCCGAUUUGACUUAUUUGGUGAAGCUGAGUACAUUUUAAAAACGGUUAAGGAGAAAUAUGGUGAUGGAGAUAAUUACCUUGCAGCACAGUUUGGUGAUAAGAUUACCAAAGAGGAGGCAACUCAAAUACUGGAGCAAUAUCUUAGGGAGAACAAUCUAGAUGGUGCUAUGAGUAUAGUAUGGUGUGCUGAUUUAGCUUCCAGUGCUCGCAUGAUGUGGAUUGGACCCCACUGUAAACACAAUAGACCAGAGGCCCGCAACUACUCAUUCUGGAUUAAGAAUUCCACAGACAACAACUUCUUAAGGGAACAGGGUAUUAGAUGCCUAGCAGAUCAUGAAAUAGGAACACAUUUUGUGCGUGCUUAUAAUGAUGGAUUUCAGCCUUGGUUUAGCAAUAGAAAAAGGUUUAGUCUACGAGGUUCACAAAUGACAACACUUCCAGCUAUACGGUCUGAGGAAGGUUUGGCGGCCAUUAACACUAUAAUGAACUCGCGAGUUAGAUAUCUUUGGCUUCCUGCUCUGCAAUAUUACACAGCUUGUAAAGCGGCAGAGAUGACAUUUAAACAAUUAUAUGAUCAUCUGACCAUUUAUGUCAAAAGUCCUGAACAUCGCUGGAGACUUUGUAUGCGAGUCAAACGGGGACUUCUAGAUCCUAAUGACUUAGGAGGUUAUGGAAAAGAUCAGUGCUAUUUUGAAGGAGCUGUUGAAAUACUGAGGAGUUUGGACAUGAUAGAUUUUAAUGUAAUGAUGAGUGGGAAAAUUUGUGUUGAUGAAGUUCAAAGAUGCAAACGCAUAGCUCGCUUAGACUGUCUAAAAUUGCCAGCAUUCAUGAAAAACGAAAAUCGUUACAAAAAACAUUUGAAAUCAAUUGCCCAUUUAAAUGGACUUGAUUUGCACCAUCAGAAAAAAAAUGCGCCGGCAGCCUACAUUAGGCGCCUUAAACAGGGAAGAAGAAUAGGCACUGAUAAGGUGAGACGAAUUCGUAGAAGGCGUUUUAAAGGGGUCAAAACAGGUAGUCCCACAGGUAGUCUUUCCACAGAUUCUGCCGGCAGUGAAUAUGAGGACUAUUGUUAUGGCAGUAGUGAUUCUAGGGAAGGGGGAAGUCAAGUUGAAUACACACCUGUAGAAAAGUUAGGUGACCAAACCAGCACAAAAGACCCAAGGGUUGAUAGUGGUUUUGUUUCCCAUUGUAGUAACCCUAAUGAAAAAGCUGAUACCAUUUCUUUGAAAUCUUUUGAUUCUUCCUCAGUCAAAUCAUUUAAAUCUUUAAAAUCAGAAAUAUCUGUAAAAUCAGAAAUAUCUGUAAAAUCAGAAAUAUCUGUAAAAUCAGAAAUAUCAGGGAAAUCAAAAAGAUCCUCAGAUGUGUCAAACAUCUCUCUAAAAUCUCAAAAGUCAGAUACCAAGUCCAGUACCUCAGUGACCUCUCAGAAGACAUUUACGUCAAAUUCAUCCGUUAAGUUAAAAUUAAAGCCACCAGUCAAACAAGAUGAUGAAGAAAAUAUUUCACAAAAAGCCUCUGCACAGUUGUCUUAUACUAGUAAUUUAUCCAAUAAUAAUAAUGCAUGGACUACACCAGGAAGAAAGGACAUGCUGCCCCCUCUUUUGUCCCUCACAGAAGAACAAAAAUCUUGGAUGUCCUCAACAAAUGGAACAUUACAACUCCACAAACAACCGUUACCUUCAGCUUUCAAUCAUAAUGUGUGUACGACUAUCAUAUCUAGUGAAGAUGCAGGAGAAUGUUCAUCAAGUGAUAAAACAAAUAAAGGGUCAAGGUCAGCUAGAACAAUGGAAGGUGGUGAUCUGGGUGAUAUCUUCAAACAUAAGAGUGAAAAGUCUGAGCGAUCACUCAAUGGUUUCAUUCUCUUUGAUGAGGAUGAUGAUUUCGAUUAUGCAUCAAAAGGCUGUUGGCCUCUAAGGUUAAUAUGCAAAUAGGUAAUAGUUUCUUUGUAACUCUACACAUUGUUAAUGUCCUAGUAUAUAGCUAGUCAAGACUUUUGUGUGUGCUUUUUUUUACAAAAAACCCAGUGUUUUAUUGGUGGAAGAACAAUUCUCUCAGUGUGCAGAGCAAACAUAUUCAUGAGUACAAAUGAUCUAUUUGACAAUAUCUCCGACAAACAUUUAUUUGAAGAUUAUUUUAUAAAGAGGUAUUAAUUGGUUUAUUUUUUUAAGUAUCCUGAAAGAAAACUGUUUUCCCAACUUAGGUGCUGGUCAUUGCAAGAUUCAGGCAACUUACGAAUAUGUGAUACCUUUAUCAGUAAAAACAAAAUAAGCAGGUAUUUUUUUAUUUUGCACAUUUUUUGCCAGAAGACUUUUCUUUUCUAUAGUUUUAGUAAUUUUGAAUGAGUUAUCUGCCCUUUUGGAGUGUUUUUUAAAUUGCAUUCUUUACUGUAUUUUAAAUUGCAUUCUUUACUGUAUUUUAAAUUGCAUUAUGAACUGUAUUUUAAAUUGCACUCUUUAUUGUUUUUUAAAUUACAGCUUACUGAAAUAAAAGAUAAAAAGAAUAAUGUUAUUUUAUGAAGCAACAUUUCAUGACUAUGAAUGAGAAAAAUGAAUCGAUUAUGUUUCUAAAACUGCCUGAUUGCUUAUUAUGACUAACACUUAAAUAAUUACUUGUUGGAAAGGGUGAGCACUUCAACCAUGAUUUUGGUCAUUUAUGAAUUAAAGACAAAAGUGCUCUUUGAUGACCAAUUUUCUAAAAAAAAAUGUCUCAAUUUUAGAUUGUUGCAGAAUUUUAUUUUUAAAUAUUUAUUUUUGAAAACACAAUUGCCUAAGUAAAACAGCACUAUUCAGGUAAAUUAACCAUAGAUUUACCUGGAUUCUGCUUGAGCAAAAUUGUCCAAUGUGAGUUUUUUUAAAAUAGUUUUUAAAACAAUCAGAAUAGAACUGCCUUCUUGCAAGAAAAUAGACCAGUCAUAAUGGAGAUAAAUGAAACAAGAAAUCGUUAAAGGAAAUAAAAUUUCCACUGAUAAAUUAAUGAAUAAAAGUGCCAAAAAAAUAUUUAAUGAUGACAGAAAAUUAUACCACAAUUGUAUUUUAAAAAGGAGAAAUUAAAAAGAAGAAAAAUCAUUUGUGCUCGUGUGAUAUGCACAUCAGUCAUAAUAUUUACCUUUGUUAUUUGUUAUUUAUAAACAUUUAGUGCCAAUAAUGAUGUUAGUUUUAUUUUAUAUCUUUUUUUAAUCAUAUUUCAUAGAUAACAUCACAAAUAUCUAUAAUAGAUUUAAAUUAACCUUUGUAUACUAUACAUACAUAGAAUCUCAAAUGCUAUACUCUUUUUCAUUUAUUUCGAAACUUUGACGCAUCACUUUUUAUGAAUUUCAGUUAGGAACUUUAUUUUAGUGCUAUUGGUUUUAUCGCUUUUUGGUUUUUAGUGAUGUUUUAUGGAUGUCAUAAAUCAUAGAAAAUCGUCAUGUAUAAGAAGCAUAAAUUUGAAAGGACAGUAUAAAUUAUUUCUUGAUCAACAUAAAAGUAACUUAUAAAAUGGUUAUCAUCAUGGCUUUAUUUGCCAUCUAUAGAAAUAGAAAAAAAAUAAGACAUGAAAAUCUCCUUUAAUUUUUAACAACAACCCCCUCCCCCAUUUCUCACAUUUUAACAUAUUCAAGGUCCCAAACCUAUAUUGGAGAUUUACAGACUUGUGAGAUCAUAACAAAUUGACUAGCUCAUAACCUGUUUCUGUCUAAUGUUACUUAUUCCCAUACAAUAUAAUGUAUAUCAAUUUUGUGUAGACUGAUUUAAGAUUAAGGUGGUACAUAACACUACAGGGAGAUAACUCUGUAAAAAUCAGCUGAACGUUUUAAUCACGUUCUAUUGUUAAGGAAAUAUUAAGCUUCUCAAUGAUCAAAAUUAGUGUUUGUCAAACUGCUAUAUAUCCAAUGAAAUUUUUCCAAUAAAGUGUGUGGUUCAAGUUUUUUGAAAUUUUUUUUAAAGGGUCAAAGUUAAUAUUUUCGUCCAAAUUUUAUGAAAAUUAAAGGAGCCAAAUUAAUUUUAGUCAAGGUGUUUGGUACCAUCUUAAUUCAUAUCCUGGCUGCACUUUCAAGUUUCAAAUUGUUAAAGCUUUUUUGGUAGCAAAUUAUAAACAUAACAUAUUAAACUUUCUUGCCUUGUAAUACAUAUCCUUAUGCUUUAACAUGAAUGCAAUAUUGGGUUUUAGUUGCACAAUUUAUGUUUUUAAAUUUUAUUAGAAUAACAUAAACUUCCAUUUUUAAUGUUUAAAAACAUCAGGAAUCAAAUCUCAAACUUAUUUAAAAAAAAAUUUAAUAUGGAGAUUAAAUUCUUGAAGUUUUUAUUGUCAUUUGAAUUGAUAGUCUCAGCUUUAAUGUAUUUAAUAAAAAUGAGAUUAUGACAAGAAAUAUUUGUAAUUUCUGAUUUAUAAAGUUUAGUUCUUUUAAACUUAUUUGCAGCAGUAGUAAAUAUUAAAGUUAUGUCCCUUUUAUAUGAAAAAUGAUCAUACUUUUAUUCACAUACAACGAAGUAUACUUAUCAUUUAAAAAAUAGAUGACAGCAUCAAAAGAAGUUGAAAAUUAAGAAACUAAAAGUUAAUGUGGUGAUUAAAUAACAUUUUAUUAGAAUAUUAAGCUAUAUAGUAUUAAGGAAACUGUAAAACCAUUGCACGUUUUACCAAUGUUAGUCAGAUAAUUGACAGCAUUAUUUAAAUUUGAUUUGUUACAAAGAUAGUGGCAGGAUACAUAUCUUUUGGGUGUUUUUCAUUGGGUUAUUUUUUUUGUCUCAACGAAGCAUUUUCUAUGAUUCACAUUGAAAUUUGUAAUGAUUUAGAGAUGUAAUCCACAUCAACAUUGUUUAUUAAAAAAAUGCUGCAGUAACCAUGGAGAUGAAAGAUUACCAUAUCAAAUUUAAACAUAAAUGUUUCUGUGACAGAUUUGUGUUAGUAGAUGCCAUAAGUUUAACUAUUCAUUAUUUUAUUAUAUGCAUUGUAGCUGAACACCAAAGAAUUAUUUAUUUAUCAUGAUUUUAAUAUUUGUGCUGAAUUUGUUGAGUUUAAAAAAUCAAUCUUGUAUAAAUUUCAAAGUACAUUUGCACUUUAUUGUCAAAAAUUGGAACACUUUUACCAAAAGUACCUCAUGUUUUUAUAUGUUAUCUUUGUAUACUUGGUGAUUAGGAAAUUUUGUUUAACUAUUGUAAUUGAAAUUAAUUCUUUGCUCUAAGAAAGGAUUAUAGCAUUAAGGCCUGAUUUUGUCACAAAUUAAUGAAGAUUUUCAGAACUAAAUUAUUUGCCAUGGUAACUCGUCAAAUGUGGAAAUUGUUUUUAUUUUCUUAACACAUUUUACCUUAGGAUUGUUUGGACAAAUUUAAGAUCACACAAGGUAACUUUUUAAUUUGCACAAAUAUUUGGGCCAUAUAAGGGCCUUAUUGCUCCUACUCCUUUCAUUGGAUGUCUUGUACAAAUUGAAUGUCAUGUAUCAUAGUAUCAUAUUAUCAAUAGGCCAUUUCAGAAUCUUAAGGACUAUGGGUAAUUUUAUUGUUCAUACCCAAAAAUGAAAAUAAUGUCACGUCAUUGGUCGAAUUUCAAUUGUUUAGGAUGUUUUUAACCAAUCACAACGCUUUGGUGUACACUUUUGAAAAUAUUACCCAGAAUGCAUUAGAUUCUGAAACGGCGACUUGACCUUGAAGGCAACACAAUCCAUUUCAAUGUUUAUACCAUAUGUGUACUGCACUAUGAUAUACUAACAUCCAAUUUAACACUAUUGCAGGGGAAGGAAUUUGACAGUAUAAUUUAUUAUUUAUACAAUUGUUUGUUGAUUAGCUGUGAUAAGUUAUGGUUUUUAUACAUUAUUUAUUGAGUAUUAAAAAGAAUGAAAAUGA